AUGGCCACUGCAACAACAGUAGUAAAGUAUGGAAUAAUAGGCGUUGGAAUGAUGGGAAGGGAACAUCUCAUCAAUUUGUAUCAUCUUCGCAAUCAAGCUGUUGCUGUUGUUGCCAUUGCUGACCCUCACCUUCCCUCUCAACAACUCGCCAUCGACCUAGCACACUCCUUUUCUUGGCCUCUCAAGGUUUUCUCAGAUCACAAGGAGUUGUUGGAUAGUGGACUUUGUGAUGUUUUGGUGGUAUCUACUCCUAAUAUGACACAUUAUAGCAUUCUUAUGGAUAUAAUCAAUCAUUCAAAACCGCAUCAUGUGUUGGUAGAAAAGCCACUCUGCACCACUGUCUCCCAUUGCAAACAGGUUGUUUGUGCUGCUCAAAAGAGACCGGAUAUAUUGGUUCAGGUGGGACUUGAGUAUAGAUACAUGCCGCCUGUUGCGAAACUGAUAGAAAUAGUGAACGGAGGAAGCCUUGGACAUGUUAAAAUGGUAUCAAUUCGGGAGCACCGGUUUCCUUUCUUGGUUAAGGUGAACGACUGGAAUCGGUUCAAUGUUAACUCAGGGGGAACUCUCGUAGAGAAGUGUUGCCACUUUUUUGAUCUCAUGAGGCUCUUUGUUGGCGCAAAUCCCGUUCGCGUGAUGGCUUCUGGAGCUAUUGAUGUUAAUCACAAAGAUGAAAUAUAUGAUGGAAAGGUUCCAGAUAUUAUUGACAAUGCAUAUGUUAUAGUUGAAUUUGACAACGGUUCUCGAGGAAUGCUGGACCUUUGUAUGUUUGCAGAAGGGAGUAAAAAUGAGCAAGAAAUAUCUGUUGUUGGUGAUAUUGGAAAGGGAGAGGCCUUUGUUCCCGAGAGUGUUGUGCGGUUUGGAACGCGUGAGGCAGGACGAGAUGGUGUCCAGAGUUUGAAAGCAGAAGAUUCCCGGAUAAAAUAUGAUGGAUUACACCAUGGGUCUAGCUAUCUGGAACACCUAAAUUUCUUGAGUGCUAUUAGAGGUGAAGGUGAAAAGGGUCCUGCUGUAAAUCUUGAAGAUGGAUUAAUAUCUGUUGCUAUUGGAGUUGCAGCACAAGUUUCCAUAGAAAAUGGUCGAUUUGUUACUAUUCAAGAAGUUAUGGAUGGCCUUCAAGUAUGA